ACCCUUGGCGUGGGGAGGCCGCGCACGGGUCUCUACCAGGUCACCGGCGGGGAACUGUCCCGGCGCGCUUCCUCCUUCCUCCUCCUCCCGGCGGCUUGCCGGGCCCCUCCUCCCUGCUCGCGCGCUCCCUCCCUCCUCUUCCCCUCCCCAGGCCGCCGCCGCCUCCUCCUCCUCCUCCCUUUCUCUCUCGAUCUGUCUCUCCCGGCCCGGAAUCCAUUCCGGCCUGGGAGCCGGAGCGGCCAGGCCGCCGUGUGCCCGAAGCCCUGGCAAUCCGGCGGUCGGUCCUCCGGUGCGUCUGUCUGCCGGUGCGUCCGCCUGCCCGCCGGCCCAGAGCACAGAGGCUCAGAGAAGUGAAGUGACUUCCCAGCUAUGAGAGAGAGCGCCAGGAUCUGAUACCAGAUGAGGAUGCUGAGGCCCAGAGAGGGGAAGUGACUUGCCUAGGGUCACACAGCGGGGAGAGGUAGAUCAGGGCCUCUAGUCCGAGACCGCCGACUCUACACCUGGUGUUCGUGCUGAGACCUCAGGCUGCUUCCCAGGUCCUCUGGGAUAGCCCCUGCCUUGCACCAGCAGGACCAUGGGCAGCAACAAGAGCAAGCCCAAGGAUGCCAGCCAGCGGCGCCGCAGCCUGGAACCUGCUGAUAACACCCAUGGCGGCGGCGGCGGCGGCGGCGGCGGCGGCGGCGGCGGCGGCGGCGGGGGUGCCUUCCCCACCUCACAGACCCCCAGCAAGCCGGCCUCCGCUGAUGGCCACCGGGGCCCCAGCACGGCCUUUGCCCCUGCAGCCGCCGAGCCCAAGCUGUUCGGAGGUUUCAACUCCUCCGACACAGUCACCUCCCCGCAGAGGGCGGGGCCCCUGGCUGGUGGAGUGACCACCUUUGUGGCCCUCUAUGACUAUGAGUCGCGGACAGAGACUGACCUGUCUUUCAAGAAAGGGGAGCGGCUCCAGAUUGUCAACAACACAGAGGGAGACUGGUGGCUGGCCCACUCACUCAGCACAGGACAGACGGGCUACAUCCCCAGCAAUUACGUGGCGCCCUCCGACUCCAUCCAGGCCGAGGAGUGGUACUUUGGCAAGAUCACCAGACGGGAGUCAGAGCGGUUACUGCUCAAUGUGGAGAACCCAAGAGGGACUUUCCUAGUGCGAGAAAGCGAGACCACAAAAGGCGCCUACUGCCUCUCAGUGUCUGACUUCGACAACGCCAAGGGCCUCAACGUGAAGCACUACAAGAUCCGCAAGCUGGACAGCGGCGGCUUCUACAUCACCUCCCGCACCCAGUUCAACAGCCUGCAGCAGCUCGUGGCCUACUACUCCAAACACGCUGAUGGCCUGUGCCACCGCCUCACCACUGUGUGCCCCACGUCCAAGCCACAGACUCAGGGCCUGGCCAAGGACGCCUGGGAGAUCCCCCGGGAGUCGCUGCGGCUGGAGGUCAAGCUGGGCCAGGGCUGCUUCGGAGAGGUGUGGAUGGGGACCUGGAAUGGCACCACCAGGGUGGCCAUCAAAACUCUGAAGCCUGGCACGAUGUCUCCGGAGGCCUUCCUUCAGGAGGCCCAGGUCAUGAAGAAACUGAGGCAUGAGAAGCUGGUGCAGCUGUACGCAGUGGUGUCUGAGGAGCCCAUCUACAUCGUCACGGAGUACAUGAGCAAGGGGAGUUUGCUGGACUUUCUCAAGGGGGAGACAGGCAAGUACCUGCGGCUGCCUCAGCUGGUGGACAUGGCUGCUCAGAUCGCUUCAGGCAUGGCGUACGUGGAGCGGAUGAACUAUGUCCACCGAGACCUCCGUGCUGCCAACAUCCUGGUUGGAGAGAGCCUCGUGUGCAAAGUGGCUGACUUUGGGCUGGCUCGGCUCAUCGAAGACAAUGAGUACACAGCCCGGCAAGGUGCCAAAUUCCCCAUCAAGUGGACGGCUCCAGAAGCUGCCCUCUAUGGCCGGUUCACCAUCAAGUCAGAUGUGUGGUCCUUUGGGAUCCUGCUGACAGAGCUCACGACAAAGGGACGGGUGCCCUACCCCGGGAUGGUGAACCGCGAGGUGCUGGACCAGGUGGAGAGGGGCUACCGGAUGCCCUGCCCUCCCGAGUGUCCCGAGUCUCUGCAUGACCUCAUGUGCCAGUGCUGGCGGAAGGACCCAGAGGAACGGCCCACCUUCGAGUACCUGCAGGCCUUCCUGGAGGACUACUUCACAUCCACCGAGCCCCAGUACCAGCCCGGAGAGAACCUAUAGGGCGUGGGCUACAGGGCCAGACUGCCUUCUUGGCUUGGAUCCUGAGCUGGGUGGCCCCUGACGUGGGGUCUUGCCUGCCUCUGCCUGCCCGCCACCCCCCCCCCCUCCCCCCCCCCGUUGAUCCUCUCUGUGGGGCUGAAUUGCCAGUGACGAGGCCCCUCCCUCUUUUGUGGCAUGGAAGGGCUUGGGGCCUGGGGCCGCCCUGGGGGCGGGGUCCAAGGCUGGCGCAGUGACUGUGCCCCGGCCCCUGGCCAGCCGCACGCCUCCUCCCUGCGUUCCCUCCUGGAGCUCUGCGCGUCUCAGCAGGAGGAACUGGGAAGAAGGGCUGGGCUGAGGGCACCCUUUUCUUAGCCUCAACCUGCUGCACGCACUGGCCCUUUCCCACUUCCACGCCACCCCAGGUCUGUCUGCGGAGCUAGCCAAAGAGCCUUUCCAAAGAGGAGUGAUGGGCCACUGGCCCUCGGCCUGCCUGCCACCCUGCCCCUUGCCAUCCAUUUCUGAAACGCCUGUUGGUGGAGGCUGCUGGGUCCAGCCCCCUCUGCUGUGGCUCCCAGGCUGGUGAGGCCUAGCUUGACUUGAUGCUGGUGGGUGGGGUGGACACCCCCCUCAAACCCUGCCCUUCUUACACCUGAGGGAUCCUUAGAGAUCUUCAGUUUCUUGUCCCCAUACUACCCAUGGGGAAACUGAGUCCAGAGAGGGGAUGUGACUUGCCCAAGGCCACAGAGCAGUUCAGGGUUGAGACGGGAUUGGAACGUGGUGCUCCCUCUGUCUUCCUCAGGAACCAACAAGAUUGUCCUCGGAGGCAUUGUGGACAGACCGGGGCAGCCCAGGGGACAAGGGGCCUAAGGAUGGGUUAGAGAUAGCAGAGAGAGUCCUGCUGCCACUGCUUGCUCAGUGGGCUAUUGUGGGGGAGAGAGUGGAGGUAGAUGUGGGGCUGAGCUAGAAAUGAAAGAUACAAGGGUAGGGAGGCAGGUUUCAAUCAGAAGGUGGGUGGUUUUUGACCUUUGGAGCUAGCCAAUCAUGAAAGGGAGUGAGCUCACAGGCUCUGGAGGCAAUCAAGCAGAAAUAGAAGAUCCAAGUGAUUGGGAGGCCCUGGCCUCAGGAAGGAACCCCAGGUCCUCCUUCCCCCAGUUUUUCCUGUGUCAUUUCAAUGCCCGGCCCCUCCUCUUCUCCCCAAGUUGGCACCCUUAACUCACAAGUACGGAAAGGAGUGCCUAGGCUGGGGUGAGGUGAGAGGACUGGGGUGUCUAUUGCCACACACCAGGACUGUCUGUGUGCCCUCGGGCAGCCCCUGCUUCCUUCUCUGGGCUGCAGUGUCUGCCUCCAUAUGUGGCCAUGGCCUCUGCAACUGCUCCACUCCUGUCCAGACCCUGUGGCCUGGCAUCACGUGGUGAGCUCAGCCCAUGGCAUCAGGAGACCGUGUUUUGGCCCUUGGGCUAUGUGGUGGCUUCUCCCUGGACCUCAGUGUGUCCUUCUUAAAUGGGGCAGCCAACAGUUUGUAGGCAUCUUGCCAAGGGCCCCUGUGUGCGUGUAUGUGUGUGUGUAUGUGUGCGUGUGCACGUGUAUGUUCCUCCAUGUGUGUCCAUAUUUAACAUGUAAAAACACCCCCUGCUCUGUCCCCCAGACCUGUUGUACAUCUCACCCACAGCCCCCCAUCAUAGCAAUAACGUUCCCGCUGCCAGGGGUUCUCGAGCCAGCCAGGCCCUGCCAGUGGGGAGGGAGGCCAAGUGGUGCCUGCCUAUGAAAUUUCAACUUUUCCUUUCAUACAUGUUUAUUACCCAAGUCUUCUCCUGUCCUGUCUCCGUCCCAGUCGAAUCUGGACUCACUUACCCCAGCGCGCUCCCAAAUCCCCUUCUGACUGCCCAGUGUCCUUUGUAUAAGGUGUCCUAAUACUGUCUUUUUUUUUUUUUUUUUUUUAAACAAACAGUGUUUUGUAGAUUUCAGACGACUAUGCAGAGGCCUAGGGGACCCCCGGCUCUGGGCAGGGCCUGGGGUUCCUGCGUUCCAUGGCCGAGGCCUGGGGGGGGAGGGGGGAUUUGGAAUUGGUUGUAAAUACUUUGCAUAUUGUCUGAUUAAACACAAACAGACCUCAGAGUUUGGUCAGCGGUUUCUUGAGUAUCUAUUGUGUGCUGGAGAGUGAGAGGGGGUGGGAUGUGAGGACAGACUGUGUCAGAGGGGCCUUUGUGCAGGCAGCAUUGGUGGCUGGAGGGCUUGAGGCCAGGGAGGGACGUAAUCAGAUUGGAGAUCUCUGGAAUGCGGCUGUGUGUGCACAUCCAUCCCUGAGUUUGGGGAGUGACUGUGCCUGGCCGUAACCUUGCUUGUGUCUGAGAUGCACCAGGCGAAGCCCAGGGCUUGUGAGCAGGAAGUGUGAGCAGUUGAAGACUCUUUGCCCUGGGUGGAUGGUGGCAGUUGACACUCUGGGGGCCCCGCAGGGCUGUCAGGCCCUUGUGGAGUUGUGGACAUCCUCACAGGGAGAUGCGGCUGUGUGCCUGCUGUGUGUUUCCCAGGAGUGCUGGGCUGGGUGGGUGGGGUGGUGGUGAGACUGGGUUAGCAAAAGCCCUGGGCACUCUGGAGAAAAAUCCAAAGACCCUUCCUCUCCUCCCUUCUCCCCUCCACCAAGGCACACAAUCUGGGAAGUUCAUUUGCAGCAGUCUAUAGGAAGAAAUUUAUUUUAUAUCAGAUCACACACCGAUCCAUGUAAGUUACCUCUGGUCGUAAUAACACUGUUUAAUCUGUAUAAUUAAAAACAGAUUUCAAAAUCGG